AUGCUAAAAACUAAACCCCCCAAAAAACCUAUAAAUUCUUACAACAUCAGCGGAACGGACAUAACCCUCAGACGUGGUGAUUGCGUGCUUAUGAGACCUGCCGAGUCGGAUACACCUCCCUAUGUUGCCCGAGUUGAAAGACUUGUGGCUGAUGAUGGAAAUAAUGAGAUGAUGGUUAGGGUCCGCUGGUAUUAUCGGCCAGAGGACACAGAAGUCGGUAGGAGGGUUUUUCAUGGAGAAAAGGAAAUCUUUCUAAGCAAUGACUAUGAUAUGCAGAGCACACAAACGAUACAGGGAAAAUGUGUCGUUCAUACAUUACAGCAAUAUCUGAAGCUCAAGUAUGUGGGCGUUGAUGACUAUUUCUGUCGGUAUGAAUAUGAUGCCGGAGAACGUGAUCCAGAUGUUGCGGCUGGAGAACGUUUCACACCGAAACGUGUUACAGUGUACUGUAAGUGUAAUAAUCCCUACAACCCCGAUACUUAUAUGGUGCAAUGCGAUACAUGCAAGAGCUGGUACCAUCCAUCAUGCCUGGACUUGAAAAAUGAAGAUGUUGAAAAACUCGAUAAGUUUUUUUGCUCUAGAGUGUGUCAAGAAGAUGCAGAAUGA